AUGGAGUAUACCGAGAAUGAAGAUGAAAGUAAAAGAAAUGAUGAAGUAGAGGAAGAAAUUCCAGUGCCACCAGAUCCGGCUGUAGUAUUAGGAGGUAUACUAAAAAAGAGGAAACAAAUAACUGAUCAUAAAGCAGUGGAAAAAACAUCUGGAAGUCAUGAUAACUCGCGAAUGGACUCAAGCGCUUCACUUAGUGAUCAAUCUAAUUCUGAAUAUUUAACCGAAGCAGAUGGUAUAUCACCUUACUUGGUACUGACAGAAAAAGGAAUUAAAUGGAAAAUACUUGAUAAUGAAACAUUUGAUUGUGAGAGAUAUGGAUCAAAAGAUACUUAUGGAUUAUGUAAACACUUAAAAAAAUUACAUGAAGAAGGAAAAAUUAAAUUAAACCCCAAUUCUAGUGGUCGCGAUGUAAGAAAUAGGCAACCAUCACUUGGAAGAGAAGAUGGUUUAUUAGAUAUAGGAUCAUAUGAAAUGGGUAAAGAUGAUUCAUACUCUCCUAACAACCGGAAUGACAUAUAUUCUUUAUUAAGGACUAAGCAAUUCCGAACAGGAACAACAAUUGUUUUAAUUAUACUCCUAUUGGAUCCUUCUUUAGGAGUAGAAAAGGAGGGAGAAGAAAUAUUGAUCAUGAAUAUUUUGAAAGAAAAUCGGAAGAGUUGUCUCGACGUAGUCAAAAAUCGGUGA